GCUGACUACGCCUCCCCCUCUCUUCCCCAGUGCGGCCUGCUGCUCCGGCGAACUUCUCCGGCGAGUCAUAACUGCCUCUUUCUCCUGUGAAAAUCUAAGUUAUAGGUUCCCCUCUUUGUUUCUCCUGCUCUUCGAAAACCCUAAUUUCUCUUCUUCUUUUUUGUUAAGUAUUUUUUUUAUAAUUAUUUUUGAACUCUGUAAUGCUUCAUAUUCUUUGCGCAAUCAGGAAGAUUUGAUUUUUUUCAAGUUGAUAAUUUUUGCAUUCAUAUUUGCUUCCUGUAAUAGCUCCAAAUUUUGAAAUGGUGUACUAGUCUGCCUCUUGACUCUUGAGUAUGAAAUAAAAAUAUAAAACGCUCAAAGAUGAGAUUUUUAUUAUUGCAUUUUGCUCUGCGAGUUUUUUGCUCAUUGAAAUCAAAGUCUCCGAAUUGAUCAGAUAUUUCAAAUUAUACAAGCAGCUGAUUUCAAUUUCUUAUGAAAAAAUUAUGCUUCCUCCUUCAAUCUCUCGCCUUUUCUUGAAGACCAAUUCAGCCAAUAAGCCAAUUUUUUUACUCAAGAAGGUCCUUUUAUUCACCACUUGUUCAUCAUCAGCUGGAGAAUUUUUGGGUCAUUUGCUGAAAAAUAAAAAUGGGUCUGGUAUGGAGAAGACUCUGAACACAGUUAAGGCUAAACUAGAUGCUAAAUGUGUUAAUGGAGUAUUAGAGAAAUGCGCCGUUGAUGAUCCUCAAAUGGGUCUCAGAUUCUUCAUUUGGGCUGGACUUCAUCCCAGCUAUAGACAUAGCAGUUACAUGUUUAGUAGAGCUUAUAAGCUUCUUGGAUUUGAUCGUGAACCACAAAUUAUUCAAGAUGUCAUUGAGGUUUAUAGGCUGCAGAAUAAUUAUGUUCCAAGUGCUAGGAUGUUUAAGGUUAUUUUGAAUUUGUGUAGAGAGGGAAAAGAUGCUAACUUGGGCUUGUGGGUGUUGAGGAAAAUGAAAGAGUUGAAUUGUAGGCCGGAUACGCCAGUGUAUAAUGUAGUUAUUCGAUUAUUAUGUGAGAAAGGUGUUAUGGAUGAGGCAAUGGGUUUGAUGAAAGAGAUGGAUUUGAUUGAUCUUCGUCCUGAUAUGAUCACUUAUGUUGUGAUGAUUAAAGGGUUGUCUGAGGUGGGUAGGUUGGAAGAAGCUUGUGGAUUAACCAAAGCUAUGAGGGGACAUGGAUGCGUGCCAAAUACGGUGACCUAUUCAGCUCUUCUUGAUGGGAUUUGUAGGUUCGGGAGUUUGGAAAGGGCGCUUGAGUUAUUGAGAGAAAUGGAAAAAGAUGGUGGGCAGUGUAAGCCCAACGUCGUUACUUAUACUACUGUGGUUCAAAAUUUUGUUGAGAAAGGUCAGUCGAUAGAGGCAUUAAAUAUUUUGGACCAAAUGAGGGAUUUUGGGUGUAAACCAAAUAGGGUGCUUAUCUGUGCUUUGAUUCAGGGUCUUUGCAAAGAUGGGCAUAUGGAGGAAGCGCAUAAAGUCAUCAACAGAGUAGCUGAAGGUGGUAUUCCAUAUGAUUCUUGUUACAGUUUUGUAGUUUUAUCACUGUUUCGGAUUGGAAAACUCAAGGAGGCAGAAAUGUGUUUUAGGAGAAUGUUGGCUGGUGGCCUAAAGCCUGAUGGUUUGACCUCAAGCACAAUAAUGAGAUGGCUUUGUCAGCAGAGAAGGAUACUUGAUGGAUAUCACUUGAUUGACGCGAUUGAGCAGUCUGCAGGCGUAUCUUCUAUAGAUUCUGAUAUUUAUUCUAUACUUAUGGCUGGACUAUGUGAGGAAAAUCAUCUUGUUGAAGCUGCAAAGCUUGCUAGUGUAAUGGUAGGGAAAGGAAUUCAGCUUAAAGGUCCUUGUACUAAGAAUGUAAUUGAAUGUCUUAGACGUUGUGGCAAAGAAGAUUUAGCUUCAAGCAUUGGUAGUAUUAAGUGCUGAUGAAUGACCAAGAUUGCUUUAAUAUCGUGAUCCUACUUUUGCCUCAGCAUUGUCAACAAACAGCCACCUCACCGUUGAGAUUGACCCUCAAUUGUAUUCCAUAUUCCACCUAAUUGAAUUCUUCUCCAGUUUUGUGCAAUAAAAAAAAUAGUUGGGCUUCUAGUCAGGUUGGGUUGAUAACUCUUUUCAGAUUUCAACUUACAUCUCAUUUAUUGAUUUUGCACUCUGAUUUGUGUAUUGUCGGCCGAUAUUCUUAUCCAGCAUGAGGUGGAAAGAGCAAGUGAAGUUCUCCUUUGAAUAUUCAGUUGAGGUAACACUGAUUGGUGUAUUAUUUUAUAGCUAAUAACAUGGAAUAACAAUACAUGGAUUAAAGCAAAUACUAAAUUUUAUAUCGUGAUUAUUCUAUCUAAUACAUAAAACCAAAUGAGUCCUCAGUGAAGAAAUUUCCGAGACUUCAGACAUACAGUUACGUCAAUAAGAUGUGCAAAGCAAGUGGUCCUAUUUAUUUUUAUCUUCUAGGAUGUGCUCCCGUCAUUAUACCUGACAAUUAUCCCUCUAUUUUUUGAGGUUUUCCAUCAUAGGAAAAGGACAUUCCAAGUUCAACGAGUAUACUCCUUUUCUCUGAGGAAAAGUACCUUGAGAUGCAACAGAGGGUCAAACCGGUACAUAAGAAUUUCAUUUGGUAUCUGAGCUGUCAAGUAUGAUUUGUUUCAUAUGAUUUUCACUCUCUUUGGAACAAUAGAGUUUUUAGUAUGAACUAUCUGAUUGAGAAGUAUUGAAUUAUAGUUGUAGCACAUGUAAAAUAUAGAAGAAGGCCAUUGACCCUCUGGAGCUGGUUCUUCCCACCGCUGAAUACUUCUCUGCUGCCUGUUUUAGUGAUGAUACUUUUUGCCAAACAGAGAAAAGUAAAAGUCUUAUCACUCAAGACAGCCAAAAGAAUACAGUCCGACCUUGAAUUUGGAGGCGUGUAAUUCAUGCACCAGUGCUUGAAGGAAAAUAUUUAAAGCAGGGGUGUGAGAGACAGAGAGUAGAGAACAAGUAGACAGUAUUUAACAGUUUGCAAGAAAUAUUCGUUCAUUUUGCUUCACUUUCAUUUUUUGUUCGAUGACCAGCAGAUUGGUGUCCAAAAGAUGUCUGAAGACUUCUGUGGUUUCAAUCAAUGUGCCACCAUGGAACUAUUUGUAGCCCAGUUAAAAAAAAUCUGAAAACAUGCGGGUACUUGAAUAGAUCAAUGCAUGUUAGUAGAGAAUAAUGAUUUUAAAUUCGAUCUUCUCUGAUGUGAGAAAUUAAAAUUUGAGCUUGGCUGAUUAUUAUGACUUCAUUUCAAGUUAACAUGUCCAUCAACUUCUACUCGGAUUUGCAUGAAUUUAUCUCGCAUUUGCUACAAAGAGAAGCAGUAGAAAGAGCAUAAGGGUAAGAAACAGGACCGCUUGCUUUGCACCUCUUAUGGACCAUAUUAGGAGGAAUGCAUUAUUCGGCGUUAUCCUGUUAAGAGAACUGGUUCCAGCUUUUGAAAGGAUACUAUUGCGUAUUCACCCGGACAAGUGCUUGGCGCGUACAUUUUUGUGAAUAGAAAUUACUCAAGUUGUUAAUAGACGUGCAUGGCAUGCAGACAUCUGAAGUUUUAAACCUAUACAAGAAGCGAUACUGUCUGGAAUGGAUCAAAUGCACUCCAUUUAAGUCCCCUCUACUCUCCAGUCGGACGUUUUGGAGUUUGCACCUGUGAAGUGUGAACUAGAAAAUGGACUUCGAAAUGACUCCUGAAAGUUUUAUCUUUCAGAUACAUAAAAUUUGGUUUCUGGAUUUGUGCGAAUGUUGGAAAGUCCUUUUUCUUUGGUAGUCUGAUGCUAUUUUCUUCUUCUUCUUGAAACUUCACUUUAUUGUUGUGAUCAGACUUGCGCUGUUUUGUUUCCCUUCUUGCACAGAUAGAAGCAGAAACUGGUACAAGACAUUGUCGUAACAGUAAACUUUUUCAAUUAGAUGGAGAUAAUUGCAUAAAGUUGUCAGAAAUAAAACGAAGAAUGAUCAACAUUGUGAUCAUGCCCGAUAUAUACAUAUCAGUACUGCAGAUGAGGAUACAUGGAGGUAGCAUGUCUGAUCAUCCCUUCCAAUAUAGGCAAACCAAGUGCACGUUUGUUAUGAAUUUUGGAGGAAGAAUAUAAGAACCAAACAUAUCUAGCUAACUGCAUAAAUACAUUAUACUUUGAUCCUCUCCGUGUCUUUGUCAACAAACUAUGAGGACAGUUAGUCUUUUGUUCAAUAUUUAACCAAGUUUGCUACACGGAAGAAAUACUGUCUCUGCAAAUUGAGUUGUGAUCCGAUGGUAAAAGUUGAUGGGCCUAGCUCAGACAAACUUUAAGCACUACUGUACUUACUUGGAUUUCUCCACUUGUGAAAAUACAUUGCGUUA